AUGAUUUUCCUUUUGAUAGCUUCAUCACUUAUCGGCACUUUAGCCGCUGGCACUUGUGGAGGCUCGGGAAUACCGUUUCGCUUUGAGGUUCUUCCAUCUGGUCAACCCGUUCUCGGUUGUGCAUCACCACAAUGUUUUGGAUCGGAAAAUGGCGGUCGUGAUGUGUUACAUGAUUCUCAUUUCAAUGCCGGACCAGAUGGAGAAGAUGGUUUCUUCAGAGAUGGUGACUUGGAGAGAGUCAGAGCGAGAUACAGGGAUGCUUCAUCUCAACAAGCCGAAUGUCCAUCAGGCUUUGGCUCUUCCUCAUGUACUGGAUCACUCUCGUGGGUGGGAGGAUUCAUGGCAAAUGAUGAUGGACAACUCUCAUUGCAAUGUUGCCAUUAUGAGGGACUCCGUUUCGGGAAUGAAGUCGGAAGACCCGUUGUGAGAGCCGGAGAGGUUUAUUCGGGAGGAGAAGUUUUGCGGGAUGGCCGUCAAACCGGUUUUGAUCUCAUCACAAACAUCAAGAAAAUCGAUAUUGAAGAUGAAGGAGUUGCUUACGAAUUAACGGUGACUCGGAUGAAUUGUCUUCCCGAUCCACCAGAAAUCGAUAACGAAGUCAAUUUCAACCCCGAACAAGACAUUGGUCGCAUUUUGGAGAAAGAAGCCGAAGAUUCGAUGGCCGGUGUUCCGAUCGAAGAUCUCUCUCCAUUGAAGGAAGAGUCGCAGGUAAGGAAAUCACCAGCCGGAUAUUCAGCGCCAAAUACAUAUCAACAACCGCCUCCACCCCAACAGCAACCACAAACAGUGGAACGAGAGCAAUAUGUGCAGGUCGGUGAACAAGUAGUACCAAUUCAAUCACCCGGCUAUUACUAUCCCGUUUCAUCAGGAAUUCCCGCGUGUUUCUCAGGCGAUACAAUGGUUGAAACCCCAUCCGGUUUUAAGCGAAUGGACGAGUUGAAAGUCGGCGAUUUCGUCUUAACAACCGAACAAAAUACGGCAACAUUCACAAAAGUGGAGACAUGGUUACACCGUCUUCCAUCAACAACGGCCUCAUUCAUAAAAAUUCAAACAGAAAAUGCGCACACUUUAAAGUUAACUCCACAACAUUUCAUAUAUAAAGUCGACUGUUCUCGUUUAUCAUUCAACACAGAAAUGAUUUUUGCAGAAGAUAUUCGAGUUGGAGAUUGCUUGUACACACUUGGAGCUGAUAGAAAUCUUUUAUCCACCAAAGUUCAAUCGGUAUCAGUUGUACGAGAAAGGGGUGUUUAUGCCCCAAUGACCAAUUCUGGAGAUCUUUUUGUUAACGAUAUAUAUGCCUCUUGCCAUAAUGUGGUUAAGGCAAAUACACUCUCUCACACUUUUUUGCAUUUAGCCGACAAUGUGAAUCAAGUGAUUAGAAGUCUAUUCCAAAAACAUCACGAUAUCCAGGAUGAAACGUCUGGUCAUUUACCACCAUCCACAGAGUUUUUCCUCAAAAUGAUCGAAUACAUUAUUCCGCAUAAAAUA